AUGUCCGAGGUCGUCAUGGAUGAUGCUUUCCACAGUCUUCUCGACGAGGCCCUCAUCGUAGCAAUCGCCAGCGACUACAAUCUCGCUGAUCCAAAUGCCUACGAUGCAGCCAAAGCUACUCUCGAGGACAUCGCGGAGAGUGUGCCGUCCGAGGAGGCCACCGGCUUCAACCCCAGCGGCAUUCCCAUCGUGCCAGAAGGCGACAGCGACGGGCUGAAGGAUGAGCCAACGACCACAGCCAGCGUUAGCCAGCCGGCUUCCCAAACCAAUGCCACUGAUCCGUCAAGCGUCGGUUCGGCCGCCGCAGACUGCUCGGCAGCCAUCCCCCGGCUCACGUCGUUUGACAAUGACAGCCAAGAGACUAAGGUGCUCUUGCUGCAGUCAAUGUUCGCCGACCUCAAGCCAUACGACGUCGAGUACGCCCUCAAAAAGGCCAAUGGUGACGUCCAGACUGCUCUGGAUUACCUUCUCAACAUCCAGUACCUCGCUUCAACGGGCCAGCAGAUGAAGGGCAUCGACGGCUUCUUCACGCCUGAAGAAACAGCAGCUUCAUCCAAGGGAAAUCGAAAGAGGAAGGGGAAGAAAGCUCUUAGCCCGAGCUCGGACCUGUCCGACACAACGCCCCCCAAUCUCGAAGCCAACAGCCAAGACGACAUUCAGUUCAUCGCCGAAAGAUUCGGCAUGCGCUCAGAAGAGGUAUCGGACGCGUAUCAAAAAUGCGACCGCUCCAAAGGCGCAACGGCAGUCGAACUUUUGGACCAGUUUCUGUCCCACGGAAUCGAGACUCAAGAUGAGGCAGGUAAGGAACACGCAGACGCACUGGCGCGCAAGUAUCGACAUGUACCCGAGAAGUACACGCCCACCAUCGUUCACGUCGCCGGAUCAAUUCCGCAGUUUGCCGAUGACCUGGCCUCGCUGCUCAACAAGCAUUUCACAAAGCAAUCCAAAGCGCAGAAGCUAGAUCUGACCUACAGACUGACGCCACUGCCGCGAGAGGAAAUCGAAGGCAGUGACGUCUCGGCAUCGGCUGGCAAAAGCGGCGGACAGGUCGGGCUGCUCGGUGCAAAAUCCCCCGCUGCGCCGUCCAUGGACUACACGCAGGCUGUUCAGGCUGCAAAUAAACACCAUCAGGAUCGGGUGGACGCGCUGUCCUCGGCCGCCCAGCUCCAUCGGAGAGGCGCCUCGAGCCCGCUGUACAGGCAGGCCGCGGGAUACUACACAGACCGGGCCCGCGAGCAGGCCAGGUACGCUCAACAGGCUACCGCCACGGCCGCGGACCUCCUGGUCCAGGAGCAGAGCACCUCCAACUCCAUCGACCUGCACGGCGUCGUGGUCCAGGAUGGCGUGAGGAUUGCACGCCAGAAAACGCAAGACUGGUGGCAGGGACUCGGCGAGUUCAGGAGCAAGCGGGCGAAGGAGCAGGGCGGCUUCACUGUCAUCACGGGCUUGGGCCGCCAUAGCGCUGGUGGCAUCUCGCAGAUGAGACAGGCUGUUGCCGCAGCUCUUCUUCAGGACGGGUGGAAGUUUCACGUAGAGACAGGCAGGUUUGUCGUGACUGGGCGUCGUUGA